AUGCCAAAGUACUACGAGACGGCGGCACACGUCAUAGCUGCGAGUGUGGCCCUCCCGGUAGUGGACAUUCUCGCAGUGGCCUUGAAAUUCAAGGUUCGCCGGAUACAGAAACAGCCUUUGAAGGCCGAUGACUGGAGUCUGGUACCAGCUACGCUUUUAACAUUAGCGAUUGGCAUCGUCUUAUCUUAUGGCGCGACACAUCAUCAUGCCAUUGGAUGGCCACUCGAAAUUCCUCCAGAUUCUAAGGGAGGCCCCGCCCGAUCAGCGACUGAGCAAGAGAUGCUGGCGCGAAAGGUCCAAUAUGUUUUUCUUCUACUGUACCCGUUGGCGAUUGGGUCCACUAAAGCCUCGCUCCUUUUCCUCUACAGACGGAUCUUCACUAUCAAUAGAAGAACGCGCGUGAUCAUCGUCUUCACUAUCGCGCUUGUUGGUGCAUGGAUGGCAGCAUUCUUUUUCGCAGAGUUAUUCCAAUGUUCAACCAAAUUCUGGGCUAACUGGGGCUCGUCUCACGAUAUUCAAACGCAAUGCAACAAGACAACAAUGAUCAUAUUUUCUGUCUGUCUGACGGACUUCCUCUUCGAUCUCACGAUUCUGAUCAUGCCCAUCCCACUUAAGAUCGGAGUACUAUCAAUCUUCCUUCUAGGAAUCGUGUUCGUGCACAGCUCUUCGUUGGCAUGCGGCAAUCCACUGAUUGGUCACAGCACGGUCACGGCAUCUUUGGUUCGCCUCGCCCUUCUCAUUCCCCGCGUCUUCUCGCUAGAAGACACGGACGCGAGCCACAGAUUCGUUAGCUUAACGACUUCCCUAUACUGGGGCAUGGUCGAGGCCGGCGUCGGCAUAUUCGUCGCCUGUCUUCCCACCCUCCAGUUCUUGUUUCGAAAGAACAAAUGGAGGGCACUGUUUGGACUCACCGCCACAACGCCGCCAUCUAGCGCCGGCCUCUCGAUUUCGCGGUCCUCCAAAUUCAAGCUUUCGAGCAAUCCCGCAAUCCAAGUCGACCGCACGGUGGAUGUCACGUACGCCAACGUGGAUAGCAACCCCAUAUUGAUGAAGAACCAGAAUUGGGUACACAAUAACAGAAGUGAGGGUGGCCUGGAUGACAUCGAAAUGCAAGACGACAUCUUCGAAGUGCAUCGACGCUGA